UAUCAAACGUGUGCCAUGGCGGCGGUUGAAAGUCCGCACGUACCAUACGCGAUCACGUUUUACAUGGAAUUCAGGAGAGGAUCGCCGCAUCCGUCAAUGUGACGAGCGCCAAAUUUUCAUCUGCUUACCCCAGCUCCACUCAAAAGGCAAUCCAAACCCUAGUAAGGUUUCACAAUUCAUCCCAUUUCGUUCGUGUACGUUAUAUUGUCGCUCUCUUUCUUCCAGAUAUUUAAUUGUUAUUUCGGAUUGAAAGAGUGGGUGGUUUUCCAAUCGACAACCAGAGAGCUUUCAUCUUUCCCGGAAACGAUUCUUUGAUCAAUUCUUUGAAGCAACGUCAGGGCCAACUUUGUGGUUGCUUCUACGGGGUUGAGAAUGGACGGUGCUGUUAGCUGGGAUGCCCUUGAGUGGACCAAAAAUGAGUCGGUGUCCAGGUCAGCGACCCAUGGGAUGGCUGAGUUCUUGCUGGAAGCCGAAGAGGUCGUUGCGCAGGGUCAUGGUGUUGUUCUCGUCAACACAGAUCAAGCAGGCACAUUGUCAGUAACAAACUUUCGCCUUCUUUUUCUGAGUGAGGGUUCUCGUGAUAUAAUUGAACUUGGCACCAUAGCAUUGACAACUAUCGAGAAGUUUAGCAAACAAGCAGUGAAGCCUUCAUCAAUUCCACGCCAAUUAGAUAAGGCAUCAUCUCCACGGCUUCUUCAAGUUGUUGGUAAAGAUCUGAGGAUCAUUGUCUUUGGUUUUCGACCCAAAAUGAAACAGCGAAGAGCUAUUUUUGAUGCUUUGUCAAGGUACACCAAACCGACUCGAUUAUGGGAUAUGUACACUGUAACUUGCGGUCCCUCUAAAUUCAGCAACAUCAAUCCAAGAUUUCGAUUAAUUAAAGAGUACCUUCGGCUUCUAGGCAAAGGCUCCUUGUCUAUGUCAAGCAAGAAAAUUGAUGAUGGGUCACUCAUUGUCUCCAACGAGUUGUGGAGACUCACAACAGUAAAUUCUAGAUAUUCACUGUGUUCAACUUAUCCAUCUUCCUUGAUUGUCCCAAAAAGUAUCAGUGACGAAGAAUUACAGCAGGCUGCUUCAUUCCGUGGGAGGGGACGGUUACCUGUAAUUUCAUGGUGUCAUGCUGGAACUGGGGCUGUGCUAGCGCGGUCAUCACAGCCAUUGGUUGGUCUUAUGAUGAACACGAGAAGCAACAUGGAUGAGAAACUUGCUGCAGCACUUUGCACUCAAACAGUCCAUGGAAAGGGUGUACGAAGGAAGCUCUACAUUGCUGACGCAAGGCCAAGAAAAAAUGCUUUGGCUAAUGGUGCAAUGGGAGGUGGAUCAGAGUCAUCUUCUAAUUAUUUUCAAUCUGAGGUCGUCUUUUUUGGAAUCGAUAACAUACAUGCUAUGAGAGAGAGUUUUUCUCGGCUAAGAGACUAUUUAGAUACCCACGGAUCGACUUCAUCAGAUGGAAUGUCAUCAUUUUUGAGAAACGGCGGGUGGAGCUGGGGCGGAGGCAAUUUAAGCAGUAUGUCAGCUUCUGUUUCAACUCUUGGUGAUAGUGGAUGGCUGAAUCAUGUUCAGAGUGUCCUUGCGGGUGCUGCUUGGAUUGCUGCUCGCAUUGCAAUGGAGUCAGCCUCUGUUCUUGUACACUGCAGUGAUGGAUGGGAUAGAACAACUCAGUUGGUAUCACUUGCAAGCCUCCUGCUUGAUCCUUACUACAGGACAUUCAAAGGAUUUCAGGCACUUGUUGAAAAAGAUUGGCUUGCUUUUGGCCAUCCAUUUUCUGACCGCCUUGGAAUUCCAACAUCAUUUGGGACUAGCUUCUCACAUUUGGAAUUACCCAGACAAUCUUCUGCAGGAAGCCUUCCAAGGACACCCUCAGUUGGAGGCUCAUCACAUUCUCAGGCGGCAAACAAUUGCUCUCCUAUAUUCUUACAGUGGGUUGAUUGUGUUUCACAAUUACUAAGAGUGUACCCAUGUGCUUUUGAAUUCUCAUCGGCUUUCUUGGUUGAUUUUUUGGAUUGUGUGCUCUCCUGUCGCUUUGGGAACUUUUUAUGCAACAGCGAGAAAGAGAGACAACAAUCUGGUAUUGUGGAGGCUUGUGGGUGCAUAUGGAUGUACUUGGCCCAUCUGCGCGCUUCUGAGGAUGGCUUUCAUGUUCAUUAUAAUGCGUUCUAUGAUCCCACAAAACAUAACGGUGCACUGCUGCCUCCUGCUGCUUCACUGGCUCCAACUCUUUGGCCCCAGUUUCAUUUGAGGUGGGCUUGCCCAUUAGAAGCCCAAGCAGGAGAGUUAGAAUCUCAGUGGCGUUUUAUGAGAAAAAGUUGUACUGAAAUGAUGAAGGCAAAGGAUCUGGCAGACAUUAAGGCAAAAGAUCUUAAAAAUAAGCUGGAGUCUCUAGUUUUAGAAAUGCAGAAAGAGAAGCAGUCAGGCAUUUCAGCGGCUGCUACAGUUAGAAGAGUGUACAGAGAGAACCUGGCCAUAAAGAAAGCAAUCCAGUCUCUUGGCUGUGAGGUACAUUUCUCAAGCAACAGAAGCCAUCCGUUCGACUCAGGAAAUAUCGUUCCAGAGACGAUAGAAGGCCUCACAUCCCCUCUAGGUGGGGACUUGUCUGAUGCUAAAGAUCUCACUGAUAAUGAUGAUCUAUGUGUCUCCAUAGUGGCCAAGGACGAGCAUUUGGUUUCUGAUAAACCAAUUAGCACAGUAUGCGAAACAUUGUGCCCUUACCGGACACGGGAAGGCUGCAAAUGGCCGGAUGCACUCUGUGCACAGUUUGGCAGCCAGUUCGUUGGAAUAACAGCCAACUUUGACGCAUUUGAUCGACUUUCUAUUCGCGAUUAUUAUUUUGGAUCAGAAUAACUUGGUGUAUUGACAGCUGAUUUCGUAGAAUAUAUGGAUCUAACUUAUAACUGUUUAUCUUCACUAAACCUGACAGGGAUUUCAGGAUGCUGCAGUUUACAGGCGAGACAAAUGGAAAUGGAAUGAAUUAUAUUGUAGCACAAUGAUAUCGGUAUUCCUGCAGGAUCUUCAUUCUAGCGGGUGCAGAUUUAUGCUUGCCUCUCCUAUAUUUUAACUCUGCUGGCAAGUGUUCUGUUGUAGGGUUUGUAAUUUAGUUCAACACUUGGUGAUUACACUUUCUUAUUAAAUGAUUUAUUUGUAAAUGUGUUUAAUAAACUGUAUAUGCAUCUUAAUAAACCAUUGCUUAUUGAUCAGCUCAUUCCAUUUUUUGUUCAGCUGUCUUG